UCUGCCAUCUCGACGUGACGCCUGUUCCUCCUUGACUCCACCCCGCCGAGGCACAGUCCGCAGGACCUGCACGUCGACCAUACGGCAUGCCCCCUCGCAUACCUCUUCCUGUAUGCCCCAUAGGAUCCGGUCGAUACAUCCCAACAUAGUAACUGGGUAAAUUGCACUUCGGUACCUGAAUCGGGAAUUCCAUCUGACGCCCGGCUACAUCUACCUGGAUCCACCCGCUUGGAGGUUUAUCUGACAGUCUUCUUAUACUAAGGGUGCCGCCACCAAGACCUGUCUCGCUGCAUUGUGUUAUACUCAACGGCCAAGCUCCGUCUCAUCACAACACAACCUCAGCCAAGAUGCACGGCAUUACAGAAACGAUACUAGAGACGUUCGCACAGCACUGGCUCUCAAUAGGCCUGUCACUUAUUGUAGCCUGGCUGGUAAAGAACCGCUAUAACAAUGGCCUCAACAAGUAUCCCGGACCUUUCCUGGCCUCAUUAACAGACUGGUGGCGCUUCUUCGAUGUGAAGGGAUGCCGUCCAGAAGUCACACAUCAAAAGUUGCACGCAAAAUAUGGUGACGUCGUCCGUCUCGGACCCAACACUCUUUCUUUUGCCGACCCGGCCGCUCUGAAGAGCAUCUACGGCCUGAACAAGGGCUUCGUAAAGUCCGACUUUUACAUCGUCCAACAGUCUAUUGCCAAGGGCUUCAGGCUCGAGUCCCUUUUCAGCACGACGAACAAUGACUUCCACUCUCAGUUCCGCCGCUGCGUCAACUCGGCGUUCUCCAUGUCCGCCUUGGUUCAGUAUGAGCCCUUUGUCGACAACACGACGAAGCUCUUUCUCUCUCAGACGGAGAAGCUUUUUGCUGGAAACCCCGAGGGAUGUGACUUCACCACGUGGUUGCAGUUUUACGCAUUCGACGUUAUUGGAGAGAUCACCUACAGCAAGCGCCACGGCUUCAUCGAGAAGAAUGAGGACAUUGAUGGAAUUGUGGCCUACCUGGGCAAGCUGUUCCUCUACGUCGCACCGAUUGGCCAAAUCCCCUUCCUCGAUCUCCUGCUCCUCAAGAACCCAAUCUACCUGAAGCUCUCCCAAUGGGGCUUCAUCGACGCCACCUUCCCCGUAGCCCGCUUCGCCCGCGACCGCAUGGCUGAGCGCCUCCCCGAGCUCGACGGCAAGGAACCCCUCCUCCCCGUCACCUCGGGCAAGAAGCUCGCCGAGCAGCCCGACCUCCUCUCCAAGUUCCUGGCCGCACGCGAGGCCCGCCCCGAGUUCAUGUCCGACAUCCUCGUCCAGACCAUGGCCGUCAGCAUGGCCUUUGCCGGCUCCGAGACCACCGCCAUCAGCCUUGCUGCCGUCUUCUACUACCUCCUCCGGACCCCGACGGCGCUGGCGCGGUUGAGGGACGAGCUGGAUACGUUUGCGAGGGAGGGCGGCUUCAGUGAUAACGAGACGGGACUGGUGACGUGGACCGAGAGCCAGAAGCUCGUGUACCUCGACGCCUGUAUCAAGGAGGCCUUCCGCAUGCACCCGGCUGCCGGUCUGCCCCUCGAGCGCAUCGUCCCCGACCAGGGCGCCGAGAUUGCGGGCCACUUCGUCAAGGGCGGCACGAUUGUGGGCUGCAGCGCGUGGAUUAUUCACCGCCGACCAGAGAUUUGGGGUGACGAUGUCGAUACCUACCGCCCCGAGCGUUGGUUGCCGGAGGAGGGCAAGGAUGCCGCGGCUGAGGAGAAGAGGAUCAAGGAGAUGAACGGGCACAUGUUCCAGUUUGGCAUGGGUAGCCGGACGUGUAUCGGGAAGAACAUUAGUCUGUUGGAGAUCUACAAGGUCAUCCCGAGCUUGCUCAGGAGAUUCGACAUUUCCUUCAAGGACCCGAGCCAAGAGUGGGAGCUCGUCAACGCGUGGUUCGUCAAGCAGAACAACUUCCAGGCCAAGUUUUACAGGAGGGAUAUCAUUACCAAGGACAGUGUCAACGAAAAGGUUGAGUCAUAGAGACUACAUGAGGUGUUGUUGUAGAUGGGCCAUGGUUGACGAGAUUGAUGACGUGGAUGAAUACUAUAGAAGUAAAAUAAAAAAAAACCAGAAUUGUUCAUACCAUAUUAUUUCUGACAUGCACCUGCAUCUGCACCAUCUCGUGGGGGUCUUCUUUUUUACAGGAUAUAUUUCGGCAACAGGUCUUGUUCUGCCAAGAACAAGCAGCGGAGACCUAACCCAACUCCCUUCUUACACAUCUUAUAUACACUAUUUCACAUCUGAUAGGCCCCUCCUCCUUUUAUGUAAAUGCAAUCUGCGAACAGGAUAUCUUUCGGCAACAGGUAUAUAUGCGUCUACCUUGACGCCCAAGCAAAAAAGACAAAAAAUGAAGUUGGCAAAAUCCACAAAAAAAAAAAAAAAGAGUGGU